CAGUUUCUUUUCACCACUUUUCCGACAUAUCCGCCACAAAUGUACAAAAAAAUAAAAAAAUAAAAUGUUCAACACCUUCUCUCGUAAUUUAAUUUUCCUCUGUUGUCGGUUUCUUGAGAACGUUCACGCAAACAUAGCAAACCUUCGAAGCUCACUUUUUCCUUUCAUCAUAAACUCAAAAUACUCAAAUGCAUUUUCUGCAGGACCCCAUUGCCCAUUUUAGCCGUUUUAUUGAAUGUUUGUCUUUAAUUUGUCCCCACCUCAUCAUCAACAUCUUCUAACUCUCUACUCUUUUACUCUCUAAAUAAGCCCCACCUAGCUGUACUCAACUCAAAAGUUUUUAAUGUGAACACAUCUCCAUAGCCCUCCAAAAAAAAAAAAAAAAAAAAAAAAAUUCAACUUUUAUAUUUUCUUCAAGACUUGUUUAUUCUAUUUUGCUAAUCUUGUUCAUCCCAAGACUUGAUUUUUCUUUAGUCUAAAGUAGAAAUGAGUGAAAACCCUUCUCCCAGAAUCUUCAAAACAAUGACCAACUUGAAGAUUUUCAAGAAAUUUAAACCUUUUGAGCCUUCACCAGGUGUACUUGGUUGCUUCUUUUUCACUGUUUUCUUGUUUUUGUGUCUCUUCUUGUUGGAUUAUAGAACAGUGAACAAAGGGCCUCGUUUGCAUCAACCAUCCUUGUUUGCUACUUGGAUUGGCAUAAAUGGAUCGUCCUUGUCGUAUGAGAAAACUGAAAAGAUUGAUUUUUUGGAAAAGGGUGCUGAAAAUUGUGAUAUUUUUUAUGGUAAUUGGGUUUGGGAUGAAAGUUAUCCACUUUAUAAAUCAAAGGGUUGUAAGUUCUUGGAUGAAGGAUUUCGUUGUACUGAGAAUGGUAGGCCUGAUAAUUUCUAUACUAAAUGGCGUUGGCAACCGAAAGAUUGCAACUUGCCCAGAUUCAAUGCAAAAAUCAUGUUAGAAAAGCUGCGGAACAGACGGGUUGUAUUUGUAGGGGAUUCAAUUGGAAGAAACCAGUGGGAGUCUCUUCUCUGCAUGUUGUCUUCUGCAGUUCCUGAUAAAAGCAAGAUACAUGAAGUUAAUGGAAGUCCUAUCACGAAGCACAUGGGUUUCUUGAUUUUCAAAUUCGAGGAUUUCAACUGCACGGUCGAGUACUAUAGAGCUCCAUUCCUAGUGUUUCAAGGCCGUCCACCUUCAGGUGCUCCUAAAAAUGUUAAAUUGACCUUGAGACUUGAUCAAAUGGAUUGGAGUUCUGCUCAAUGGAAAGGGGCAGAUGUUUUGGUAUUCAACAGCGGUCACUGGUGGAUUUAUGAAAAAACUAUUAGAGAGGGAUGUUACUUUCAAGAAGGUGGAGAAGUCGAUAUGACCAUGAGUAUUGAGACUGCAUACCGGAGGUCAAUUUUGAGAUUGGUAGAUUGGAUAGGUCAUGAAGUGAACAUGACCAAGACACAUGUCGUAUUUCGAACCUAUGCUCCUGUUCACUUCAGAGGCGGGGACUGGAAGACUGGGGGUAACUGUCAUCUGGAGAAACUACCUAACAUAGGAUCAUCCCAAGAGUCCCUGAAGAUGUCAUUUGAAUAUAACACCGUAAUCAACGUGCUGUCAGAGCAACAGAACAAAUCAAAAGCGUGGAAUCUGGAUUUAUUGAAUGUAACGGGGAUGACAUUUCAAAGAAGAGACGGUCACUCAUCUUUGUAUUACUUAGGUCCUAAGGUUGGACCAGCUCCUCUCCACCGCCAAGACUGCAGCCAUUGGUGCCUACCCGGUGUCCCUGAUACAUGGAACGAGCUUCUUUAUGCCACCUUCCUCAAACGAGAGUUAGCUCGUGCAAAUUUUUCCAAACAAACUUCUUGAUCUCCAUCUCUUGACAGGUAAAAAGAUCCGAUAAACCAUGUCACUGUGUUGUCUCCAACAUUUCAAAUGUUACUUGGAUUAAGAUGCGUACAUUGGAAAGAAAACUCGAGUUGGAAAAUCCUCAACUUUUGUGCCAAUGGUACGAUGCUGUGGAGAUUAAACAUAAGGAAUGUGCCCUUUUUCAACAUUGAAUUUUGGAAUUAUUAGGGGCAUUCUUCUCUGCUGAGCUGCUGAUGACAUACCAUUUUUGCAGUUUGUAUACUUAGGAUUAUUUAGAAUCUUUUCCUUCACCAAAUUAUUAGAAUCUGUACAUAGCAUUGUGUGUUGUAUAGCUGAAGAGAACAUUAACCUUUUAUACAAAAUUCUGCGCAUUUGGUGACUUCCUUUUCUA